CCCGGGGGAGGGGGGUGGUGUCCCCGGCUGGUCUGGGGGGUGCGUUGCCCGGAGACGGAAAGUUUGGGAGCCUGUGCAAGACCAGCCGUGGCCCCGGGGAGGGGGUCCAAGGGGUGGUGGCCCUGGGGAUGGGGAAGGAGCAGGAGCUGCUGGAGGCGGCCCGCACCGGGCACCUCCCGGCCGUGGAGAAGCUGCUGUCCGGGAAGCGGCUCUCCUCAGGCUUCGGGGGCGGCGGCGGCGGCGGCGGCGGCUCAGCGGGCGGCGGCGGCGGCGGCGGCGGCCUCGGCAGUUCCAGUCAUCCCCUCUCCAGCCUGCUCAGCAUGUGGAGAGGGCCAAAUGUGAACUGUGUUGACAGCACCGGCUACACUCCCCUGCACCAUGCAGCACUGAAUGGUCACAAGGACGUGGUCGAGGUCCUCCUGAGGAAUGAUGCACUUACCAACGUGGCUGACUCAAAAGGCUGUUACCCACUGCACUUGGCAGCCUGGAAAGGAGAUGCCCAGAUAGUGCGCUUGCUCAUCCAUCAAGGGCCCUCGCACACCAGAGUCAACGAACAGAAUGCUCUUGAGAUCAGAGAACUCAAAAAGUACGGCCCCUUUGACCCUUAUAUCAAUGCCAAGAACAAUGACAACGAGACAGCACUCCAUUGUGCCGCCCAGUACGGCCACACUGAGGUGGUGAAGGUGCUCUUGGAGGAGCUCACCGACCCCACCAUGCGCAACAACAAGUUCGAGACACCUUUGGACCUGGCAGCGCUCUAUGGGAGGCUGGAGGUGGUGAAGAUGCUUCUCAACGCGCACCCCAAUCUCCUGAGCUGUAACACAAAGAAGCACACUCCCCUGCACCUGGCAGCAAGGAAUGGCCACAAGGCUGUGGUCCAGGUCCUCCUGGAUGCCGGCAUGGACAGCAACUACCAGACCGAGAUGGGCAGUGCUUUGCAUGAGGCUGCUUUGUUUGGCAAGACGGAUGUGGUGCAAAUCCUGCUGGCUGCAGGAAUUGAUGUCAACAUAAAAGACAACCAUGGACUGACUGCCCUCGACACCGUGCGGGAACUGCCCUCUAAGAAGAGCCAGCAGAUAGCAGCACUUAUUGAAGCUUCUUUUUAUUCUUUUCAUAUAGAUCACAUGACUGGAAAAAGAAGUAUGAAAGAAUUAGAUAAAGCCUCUACACUCCAGCCAUCUCUCCUCCCUAGUAUUGACUCCACUGCACAGAAGUCUCAGGGUGAUGUGGAGAAGGCAGUAACUGAGCUGAUCCUUGAUUUUGACACAAAUGCUGAAGAAGAGGGUCCCUAUGAGGCCCUGUACAAUGCUGUCUCCUGCCACUCCUUAGACAGCACAGCCAGUGGGCGAUCAUCUGACCGAGAUUCCGUGAAUAAAGAGGCUGAGGCUACAGGAGCCAGGACUGCUGGGAUGAGGCCUAGGGACCGUCCACCGCCUCCAGCAAAGCCACCACCUGAUGAAGAAGAGGAAGACCGCCUCAGUAAGAAGUACUUUCCCUUGGCAGCUUCUGAGGUCCUGGCCACGAGACCCAGGAUUCAGGGGAGUGAAGCCAGGGAAGAGGAUGAGCACCCUUAUGAGCUGCUUUUAACAGCAGAGACGAAGAAACCAGCAUCAGCAGACGGAAGAACAAAAGACCACAGGCGGAGCAGCGGUAGCCGGAGCCAGGACUCUGCGGAGGGGCAGGACGGGCAGGUCCCGGAGCAGUUCUCAGGUCUCCUCCACGGCUCCUCCCCAGUGUGCGAGGUUGGGCAGGACCCUUUCCAGCUGCUUUCUGCCACUGGCCAGAACUAUCCAGACGGGUCCCCCCAGCAGGGCGCCUGCCACGAGGCCAGCAUGCAACUAGAGGAGACGGGUUUGCAUACUCCUGGAGACCCUCAGCCCCGCGUCCUGGACCAGAGCAACCAAGUCGGCUACCCAGCAGGCCUGCCUUCCUCCACCAACAGCCGAGCGCACCCUGAGACUUUGACUCUCCUAGCACCUCUGCACCCUGGUGGUGCUGAGGAAGAAGGAGACCGGAGCGGGGCCAGAAGCCGAGCCCCUCCCACUACCAAACCCAAAGCUGAGCUCAAACUCAGCCGCAGUUUGUCCAAAUCUGACUCUGAUCUCCUGACCUGCUCACCUACUGAGGACGCUACAAUGGGGAGCCGGAGCGAGUCUUUGUCCAACUGUAGCAUCGGGAAGAAGAGGCUAGAGAAGUCACCGUCCUUUGCCUCCGAGUGGGAUGAGAUUGAGAAGAUCAUGAGUUCCAUCGGAGAAGGGAUUGACUUUUCUCAAGAACAGCAGAAGAUCUCAGGUUCGCGGACGCUGGAGCAGAGCGUUGGGGAGUGGCUGGAGUCGAUCGGGCUACAGCAGUAUGAGAGCAAGCUGCUUCUGAAUGGCUUUGACGAUGUCCGCUUUCUGGGGUCUAAUGUGAUGGAAGAGCAGGACCUGAGAGAGAUUGGCAUCAGUGAUCCACAGCACCGGCGGAAGUUGCUGCAGGCUGCCCGCUCCCUACCCAAGGUGAAGGCCCUAGGCUAUGAUGGAAACAGUCCCCCCUCGGUGACCUCCUGGCUGGACUCCCUGGGGCUGCAGGACUACAUCCACUCAUUCCUAGCCAGUGGCUACAGCUCCAUCGACACUGUGAAGAACCUCUGGGAGCUGGAGCUUGUCAAUGUCCUGAAGGUCCACCUGCUGGGCCACCGCAAACGCAUCAUCGCCUCCCUCGCAGAAAGACCCUACGAGGAGCCACCCCAGAAACCCCCACGGUUCUCCCAGCUGAGAUGCCAAGAUUUAAUGUCCCAGACAUCGUCCCCACUGAGCCAGAAUGAUUCCUGUACCGGGCGGUCAGCUGACCUGCUGCUGCCUUCGGGGGACACGGGCAGGAGGCGGCAUGACAGCCUGCACGACCCCACGGCGUCCUCUCGGGAACGCUGCCGAGUCCAGGAGGAGCCCCGGGAGGCCAAGCUGACCCUGCGGCCGCCCAGCCUGGCUGCCCCGUACGCCCCUGUGCAGAGCUGGCAGCACCAACCAGAGAAACUCAUCUUUGAGUCCUGUGGUUAUGAGGCCAACUACCUAGGCUCCAUGCUGAUCAAAGAUCUGCGAGGGACAGAAUCCACACAAGACGCCUGUGCCAAAAUGCGGAAAUCCACCGAGCACAUGAAGAAGAUCCCCACUAUCAUCCUGUCCAUCACAUACAAAGGUGUCAAGUUCAUCGAUGCUUCCAAUAAGAACGUCAUCGCAGAGCACGAGAUCCGGAACAUCUCCUGCGCGGCCCAGGACCCAGAGGACCUGUGCACCUUUGCCUACAUCACCAAGGACCUGCAGACCAGCCACCACUACUGCCAUGUUUUCAGCACGGUGGACGUGAACCUGACCUACGAGAUCAUCCUGACGCUGGGGCAGGCGUUCGAGGUGGCCUAUCAGCUGGCCCUGCAGGCCCAGAAGUCAAGGACCCUGGGGGCCGCUGCCGCGGAGACGAUCGAAACAAAGUCUUCCAAGCCGGUGCCGAAGCCUCGGGCCGGCACAAGGAAGUCUGCCGUGCCGCUGCCCCCCGAUAGUCGCUGUUGUUACUGUCACACCUGCACCACCCACCGUCCUUCCUACCUACCGCUGCCGUCUCUUAGUCCCGGAGUCAAGCUGGAACCACCUGAUACGGACCAAGAGGCCCCAUCUCACGCCAGUGUCUCCUGGAUUGUGGACCCGAAGCCAGACUCUAAGCGGAGCCUCAGCACCAACUGAGCCACUGAGGAACCGCACUGUGCUGCAGAAACGCAGACCUGGGGCGCACAGGCUCCGCCUCCCUCCAUCGCCGCCUCGCCCACGGCUCUGAAGACCCAGGCCCAGCCCCUGCCUCUGGGAGCUGCUCUCGGCUGCCUGGCCUGGGCCUGCACCACCAGGUCUUUGAGAGUGAGUCCUGCCCCAGCUGCGGAGACGACUCCAGGCCGCUAGCCCAUGACACUGGAACUCUAGAGGGCCAAGAAGUGAUUCGCUCAGAAUACAUGUUUUUAUUAGAAAACCUUUUUAUAAAAUGAAAUUUUAACACUUGGCUCAACAUCUAGGUAAAACUGCCAACUUGAGACAAAUGGCCAUGGGGUCAGAGGGCAGAGGCUCUGAGAUCAGCCAGAAGGCUGUGUGCAGCCCUGUCCUAGACCUCCGCACAGCAGGGCUGCGGGAGCAAGCAGCAGCCUCUGCAUGAGUUGAAGGAGCAGGCUCAGGCAGAGUUGACUUCUUGUCCCUGUUUAGAGCCGGGUUCGGGCUUUCCAGUAGAAACACAGCCUUACAGGCUUCUGGGCCAAAGCAAAGGCCGCCAUUUCUUUCUUGGGGCCCAAAAUGGUGCCUGGAAGUCGUGGUGGCGCCGGGAGCGUGUCUGUGGCUCACUGUCGGUGGUCAGAGCCCUGCCCCAGGCUGGCUGCCCCGCGCUCUGACAUGCUGGGCAGCCAAGCUCGCUGCCUAGCCACUGAUGGCUCAUCUGAGGAGAUGUGUGGGCAGGGCUCUUUGGGAUUCUCUAAACGACUGGUUUCAUUGAUUUUCCAUGGCUGACGUCUCUCUGGUGCAGGUGUGGGAAAGGCUGAUCGGGGGACAGUCAGUCUGAUUCCCCUGCCUACCCCCUUUUUAUGGCCUUGGGAGUGGGCUGGGAUCCUGGGCCAGCCCCGCUGCCCAGAGCUUCCUGUCAGCUUGCUUUGCUUUCCCUAGUGAUUUGGGCGAUGGUCUUCCUUCUGGAGUUAAUCAGAGGUGUCGGGGCCUGGUUCCAGUGGGGCAGAGAGGCACAGCCAAGCCAGCCACUGCCCAGGCCCUUCCAGAGUGAGCAGCAGAGAGGAGCACUGCCCAUCCCCGCCUCCGCCUCCAGCUCAUCCCCGUCCUCCCAGCAAGGGCUGCGAAUUGCAGCAGGUGUGGGGAGUGUACCCCACUACAACAGAGGCCAGUUGUCUUCCAUGGCUAGGUACUAAAAAGGACCUGGAAGUUAAACUUCAUGUCCUACCCUGGCGCAGCUCACACUGCAGGAACCCCUGAAGACGCGUGGCACUGCUGCUGGGCGCCUUCCCCCAUCCCCCUUCCCCCUGGGAGCAGGCGCAGGUCAGGCGGCUCUGCCGGAGGGCACCAGGCCUGACGGAGGCGAGUAGACCCUCCUCCCUUGAGUUCGAGUAGACCCUCCGAUGAGCUCCUCAAGCUGUACUGUUUUUCAAUCGCCCGGAGGCAUUUGUUUCCCUUGAAGCUGCUAUAUCUUAUUUAUUCAGGGUGUUUUCAUUAUUGGAAAGCCUUGGUCAAUCUGCUCUGGAUCUUGUUUUGUGAUUGGUUUAUUUGUGAAUAUUCCAGAAAGAAAGCUUACUGGACCUGUCUUUUGCUUCCUCUCCCUCCUCCUCUACUCCACCUUGGGGCCUCCCUUCCCUAGAGGGAAUGUGGUUAACUCUCAGGAGAGGUGUCAGGAGGAGCGGCCCUAGCCUUCGCACUUCCCCGAGCACAGGACACGGGAGUGUGGCGCACGCUCGCCGUGAAGGAACCCGUUCCGGUGGGAGGCGUAAGGCGCCCCCAGUACCUGUGCUGGCCUUUCCUGCCCCCUCCCGUCCCCUCCGCUCAGCGGCUGCCCUGGGCCCGAGGCCUGGCUCUGUCUGAACCCCUGCACUUCCCGCCGGGGCCUCCAGUGCCCUGCGGGGGGAAAUCCCUGAGGAGCCUUGGGCGUGAGCAGAGGUGCAGUCGGCAAGACAAACUAGUCUGAACUUGGUCGGGUUUUUGAGGUGCCCACGCCUACACAACACAGUUCACCAGAGUGGUGUUGCUGAUGGCAUGGCGAUGAACUGUAAUAAAAAGGUUAUUUAAUCUGUCUCCAUAUUUUGAUACUUGAAUGACUCCCCUUUUGUUUUACUGUACAUAGAAUUGUCUAUCUGUCUGAAUUUGUCUGAAUUAUAAACACCUUGUGGUACCAAACAUAACCAACCUGUGCAACAACAUAGACUGACCUCACUACACACAGUGUAAAUAUUUCUGGGCUUCCAGCUUUGGUUUUGUUAUUUUCAUAACUGUACAAUUUAGAACAGACUGAAUUAAUAAAUGAGAAGCAAUGUCAAA